CCCAUUCCCGCCCUUUACCCUCUCUUGUUCCAGCGCAAGAAAUUACCCAUGAUCCCAUGAAUUCCAUGGUGAAUUAUCGCUCUUCUCUAUGCUUCAUACUCAAAGAAUAACAGAGCAGAAUACGUAUCUCUGACCUUCGUUAUUAUCGACCACAUCGUCGCACACAGGAGCUUCCCGAUAACCUCUGCCCUCCACCAGACGUCGACCAUCAUCGAAACACAACUACCAGAACACGAUGAGGACGGCACGACAAAUGCCCCCCGAUACAUCAUCGGGUCGCAGGGCCCAGCCUGUUCGCCAGACUCGAGCAAACCCACCAAGAGCUCAUAGUGGCCUCGGGCGCUCAUUCGGCGCUCGCGAUGCCUCCGGACGCAUUUCCCCCGACGAGGAGGAGCAGACCGAAAUCUUUCCUGCGAUCACACAUUUCACCGACGCUAUAACUGCAUUGCCUAGAGAGCUUGUUCGACACUUCACACUGCUCAAGGAAGUUGAUGCGAAAAUUUUUGCUCCAGAAGAGGCGCUGGUCCAACUCGUCGAGACCGCCCUCAACCACCCACUACCCGCACGAUCACAAUCUACAGACAGACUACAAAUCACAGACUCAACUCCAACCCCAGGCAGUGUCCCAAUGAGCGUCAAUGGCUCAAUUGCAACUGGCCGAAAUACUUCCAUGCUCGAUGACACCGACAACCCAGAUCGCGCGACCGCGGUUUAUGACGCAGACAACCUCCCUCGCCGCCAGCUCUUCCGGCAAUGCGCCUACACAAUGCAAGAGAUGCUAGUAUCCCUCGACGAAAAGAACCACGUCAUCUCCACUGCGACCGAGGCCCUUGAUAAGCACCUCGCGAGGUUGACCGACUGCCUUCCUUUCGUCGAAGGCGAGAUUAGCGAAGAGGCGCGACACGGCAACACAAAGCAUUGGGCAUACACCGAGAACAGGGUCGUCCCCAAGCCGAACGAGAGAUCAAGACGCGAGAAUGCGAAUGUCAACCACCUCACAAAUGCCGCUGCUGCAGCUGCGGCCGAAGAAGCGGCAGCCCGCAGCGACGCCAGGAAACAGGCGAUGCUUGCGAAGAAAGGGCGCCAACAGCUUCCCGAGUCGGACUUCGAUGACAACACCGAUCACCGCAAGGACAAUAAGAGGCCCCAUGGCAAUACAAAGAAGGGCAGACCGGCCGAAACGUCGAAUUCUGCCACUACAAAUAGUGGCGGGGCGCACGCCAAUCCACCGUCGAAGAGGCGCAAGGUCGACAAGGGACCGAAUGGAGGAGCAGUUAUGGAACGAUCAAUUAGUAGCGUCUAUGGGAGCAAUGGAGUUGGUGCUAAGGGCAAAACCAACAGCCCGCGCGGUACACCCCUUCCCGACUCGAAGAAGCGAUCGAAGGCGGCGGCAACUACGAAUGGCCAGCCAAGGAAAAGGACUGCUGCGGCGAACUCCAAUGUCAUGUCACCCAGACUUGCAUCCUCUCCUGUCCGGAACGUGCAAGAAAUCAAGAACAACCGAAACUCCCCCCCUCUCGCCAACGGCCGACCCACCGCCAUGCGAGCACGACAGAACUCCCUCCAAAACGUCGUCGACUCCUCUCGCCCGCGCGCAUCCUCAUCCGCAUCAAUCAAACCCAACGGCAUCAACACCUUGCCCGAUGUUACCAACGCCGCCAGCGUCACCGGCCGCCCCAUCCCCGAAAUCAAAACAACCAUGAAGGAAACCGCCGCCAACACCAAGGGCGAACACGUCCUUGAAGACGCCGACCCCACCGACUCUGCCAUACGCGGCGGCCUCCUCGUUGGACCCCGCAAAGACGGGCCACUCAAGCACGAGGACCUCGAGUCGGCCGCCGACGCUGCGCAGACUGUACAGACCGUCACGGCACCACCCGUCAUGACGAAGAGCGGGCGCGCGAGCAAGCCUUCUACGCCUGCUAUGCCGACGUUCGCCGAGCCCGUGCGCGCGGGUAGUAGGCGCAACACCGUUGAUGGCGGAGCGGCGAAGAGGUCACAUAAGAAGGGUGCAGGACAGGCGGCGCUGCUUGUUGCUGCGCAGCCUGCUGAAGAGGACGCGGCGAAUAGCGUGCUGGGCGACGCGGAGGACGAUGAGGAGGUGGAGGUUGAUGCUAAUGAGCCAAGGUACUGUUACUGCAAUGGUGUCAGUUACGGGGAGAUGGUGGCGUGUGAUAAUGAUGCGUGUGCGAAGGAGUGGUUCCAUAUGGAAUGUGCGGGACUGAAGGUCGCGCCGAAGAAUGCAAAAUGGUACUGCGACGACUGUAAGGAGAACAUGAAGAGCCGGCGUUUUAAUGGGCGGUAGGCUAGCUAGGCUGGUGACGGAGAUCCCAGACCAGACCCCUUCUUCAACGAUAUGGAUUGAUCGGACACACACGGCGUUUUGUUAUUUGGCUGCGGAACACAGGCCGGCGGCCGGCUCUUCUACUCUGGCGCUUAUAGGGCGAAACACACACACACACACUCACACGGUAUAUAGAGAAGGGAAGGAAAGGAAAGGAAAGGAGGGUUCGCUGGGAUGAAAAUAGGGAAACCUGGAUACUGUUUGUGUCUAUAGUUGUGUCUUCUUUUCCUGUGUUUUUUUGUUUUUUGAGUGGAUUUGUUUUUGGGAACGAACCCCCCCCCAGCGCAGACGCAAAGUUCCGUUGUGGACAGGAUAUAACGAGAGUAACGUAAAUAAGUUUUUUCUGCACAGCCCACUGCAACAGACAGACAGAUCAAUACAUAAUGACCAG